AUCUUUGAAGUGUCUUGCAGUUAGUUGUCUGUGGUACACCCCUGAACGUGGACUCGGUUUACAUUGUGCUUGUGGUUCGGUGUCAGACGUGGACUCUGGGUGGUAAACACCAGACUUGACACUAGCAGACGACACAGUGAGCAGACGACACUUUCAAAAUGAGCUCUCAAUCUCGUUCGGAGGAAUCACCAUCGCCUCCUCCUACAUCUGAAGUAUCAAGCAUGCCAAGCCUGUCGCUUUCUCCCGGACCUAAAAACAAUGAUCACGUGAAACGGCCUAUGAAUGCCUUCAUGGUUUGGUCUAGAGGACAGAGGAGAAAAAUGGCCCAGGAAAAUCCGAAAAUGCACAAUUCGGAGAUAAGCAAGCGUCUGGGUGCGGAGUGGAAGUUACUUAAUGAAGAGGAGAAGAGGCCGUUCAUUGAUGAAGCCAAGAGACUUCGAGCGCUGCAUAUGAAAGAGCACCCGGAUUAUAAGUACCGACCAAGACGGAAGCCCAAAUCUCUGUUGAAGAAGGACAAAUAUGCCUUCCCCAUCCCCAUGAUUCCGGGUAUGAACACCAGUGCCCUCAGCAGUAUGGCUCACAACUUCGCAUCUCUAUCAAGCCACCACGACUCUCUCUCCAGUGCUGCUCUCCUCAGUGAAAAAGCUCGAGCUUUUCUACCCCCUACCUCCACCCAUGGACUAUACCCCCAUCUCGACCCCACGGGCAAGAUGGAAAGCGGUAACCCCCUAGGACUACGGCACCCAGAGCUCCUGGGGAACCCUCUAUACAGCCCCUACCUCCACACCCACAAUUCGGCUAUGGGAUUACCUCCGGCUGCUCAUGGGGGCUCCCAUUCCGGGUUACCGGGACAAUACCUCGUGCCAUGCUGUCCCCCGUCGUAUAUGCCAACCCAGGAUGUACACAGACCCGUGGCAUAUCUGUUAGUCAAACCAGAGGACCAUUUCCGACACCCAGCUGUCAUAUAAGUGACGAUUACUAACAGCUAUGUGAAUGAUCUCAAUCGGCCCGUGGUGAUAUCUUGGGUCUAUACCCGUGUCAAACAACCACAACUCGAUCGGGUGUCUGUACCCUCAAUACAACCAUAACAUUCGUUACUC